GUUUGCACAGCGCUUGGUGGUAGUCGAAAGACACGGAGUUAUGUCCACCUCAGGGUACGGUAUAACAUGCCCAUUGCAUAGCCUUGACGACACUUGUUGACAUAGACGCGUGUGUGCGCGAAUCCGAAUGUGAGCGUGAAUGUAAAUGAAGUUCACCUCUUGGCACUACGACUCUUCGCGUAGCUUGCCUAUGUUUAUUGUCAGACACCUGUAUGCAACGAACUCGCCCACCUUCUGCUUCGCUUCUUGCACACGACAUUAUUUCCGCCUCGCAAGACCUCCGCCUUGCAAGAAAGACUACUCAACCGAGCACCGAAGAUGUACCAGAUCACGCACGAAGACAUGAGUGUCGCUCUUUACCUAGCCAUCGCAUUUCUCGCUAUGCUCAUCAGCUUGGCCUGGGUCACCUCCCCACUUCUGCAGGACGCGUACUUCCCGCUUGACCAUCUCGAACAGCAUACAGCAUACGGCGAUCCUUCUACUUGGGAGGCAAACGCAGGCCAGAACACUGACGAUGCCACCAAUCACGACAAUGCCCAUCGCGAUGGCGCCGACCACUCUGAGACUGGGGAUCAACGUCACGCUGAGGGACCUUCAACCGAAGGACCUGGCGUGAUCGCCGAUGGUCAACCUCAUGCUGGAGAGCUUAUGAUCGUAGGGCCUAUCACUGUCGUGUCCUUCCCGCCCACUGAGAUCGAGACGUCUGCGCUGGAGUUUUUAAAGCGCGACGAGGAGGUUUCACGGCUCACCAACAUCGAUAAAACCCAGGCCAGGAAGAUCAAGAAACUUGAUGACGUGGUUAAUUAUUGGGAAACAAAUGAUAGGGCGCUGAGGAAGCUGAUUGACCGUACUCAACAUCACAAUGUUGCUAAGCUUGAGUGGACUGUCAUUACGCUGCAGAAGCGGAACGGAGCUCUGAUCCAGCGGCUGCUACACCGUAAGAAGCAGUGCAGCAGGGCCAAGUCUGCUUCUAAGAUCGUUGUGAAAGAGGUCAAACGUCUCUGCCAAGAAUUUGCCGAGGCAAGGAGGGAGAAUCGUGAAGCGACGGUGGAGGCGAAGAAGGAGAGGGACCAGGCUAUCGAGGAAGCCCGGGAGGCCAAAGCAGAGGCGGAAAGGUCCCUGGAGGCGCUUCGACGUUACGAGGCCGAAUUAGUGGCGAAGACUGGGACCGACGAGCUUGAGAAGCGUAACGCAGCGGCGCGGACCGACAUUGACGAGCUUCGGAAGCGCAAUGCAGAGGCGCAGACCCACAUCACAGACCUUCAGAAGCGCAGCACAGCGGCGCAGACAAGCGUCCAAGAGCUUCAAAAGCGCAACGCAGCAACGAUACAGGAUCUUCAGAAGCGCAAGGCAGACCUCGAGAAGCAUCUGAAUGAGGUUAAAAAGCGCGACGCAGCGGCCCAGACAGGCAUCGAGGACCUUCAGAAGCGCAAUGCAGACCUCCAGAAGCAUCUGGAUGAGGUUAAGAAGCAAUACAGCCAAGCCGAGGCCGCAUCCGUAAGCAAUGCGAAGGAUAACAGACGCCUCAACAAUGAGGUUGCCGGAGCAAAGAAAGACCGAGAUGAUGCCAUGGAGGAAGCACGCAAGGCCAAAGCAGAGGUGCAGAAGCACUUGAAGGCGCUUCAGGAUCGUGUUGCCGAAGCAUUGGCCCAGGCAAACCUCGCAAAGCUUCAGAAGCAGAAUGUCGAUCAGGCCAAGAGACUCGAAGAGGUUCAGCGGGAAUACAGCAAAGCGAAAUCCGCGGCCGAGCGUAAUGCCAGAGAAGUUGGCGUCCUGCGCAACGAUGUAGCCAAGUUGAGGACGGAGAGGAAUGAGGCCAAGGAGGAAGCUCGACGAGGCGUUCGAGUCCUACAAGAAGUUUGAGGCGGCUACCAACCGCCUCAAGGCUGUCGAGAGCAACGGCAUUCCCAAUGCCAAUAGAGCAACAAACGGUGCUGAAGGGACCAUAGGAGCGUCUGG